CAAAAGUCCCCCCACACGGCGAUAGGGCAUGCCAAUAAAGCUGUCUGAAUUUGAAUUUGAUAGGGGUAACACCAUAAAAUCUCGAAGAAAGUUGUGGGUUGCGAUUAAAGAAGUGGCUCUUGACGGGAACUGAGAAGGGCCGGACUGCACACCUGACGCAACGUUUACAACGGGACGAAAAACAAACCCUGACUUGACAAGACGUUUCCUAUAAAGCCAGCUUUUCUCUCCGUUCAUUUUUUUCCCUGCUGGCGAUGAGGAGGAGCUGUUGUUUACUCGUUCACGUCACCCUCUAUCUCGUUCCCUUCUUCCUUCCUGCAACAGACGAGAGAGGGGGGACCCAGCGCUGAAGUACGAACUGUUUUCCCUCCCGCGACCGGCCGCUGAGGGGGGACCUGCCUCACGAACCCCGGGUCUGGGGGAGCGGGGGAGCCCGAGCACCGUGGGCGAUUGCCGACUUGCACGGCCAAGAACGACAACAACAAGAAGAUAAAAGAUGAACGGACGGAAACAAUGAAACGACACAAGCGGGCUGUUCGGAUUUAUUUUCGGGACGAAACCGCUUCGGAUUCCGUUCAUCCCUUCUUCUCCUCCCCAGCGUUUUGAAAAAAACAAAAAGGGGGGAGAGAGCGACCGUUAACGGGCGGCGGAGGUUCCGUCCAGAGUUCGGGGGUCCGGUCGGACUCCGACCUGCGCCUUCCCGUUCCCCUCCGCGGUAACGACAAAGACGAAUUAGGUUAGUACCUCCGGCCAACAUGUCCGUCUCUCUCCCUCUCUUUUCUUUCUUUCUUUCACUUCCACAUUCCCUCAUGCCACAAACAGAUGGCGUCUGAGGUGAGGUGGGGAAGGGGGCGGGGGAAUGGAGAGAAACAGCCGCAGAGGCGAGUGCAGCCCCGCAGUCGCCCGGCUCCGGCCACCCGUCAGCGGACUGAGCCCUGAGCCGGUGACCGGGGAUCCGAGUCCCACGGGCAGAACAGCUCCAGCCGACUGGGGGGGGCAGGGCGGUAGUUGAGUAGCUCGAAGUUGGCCGUCUACCCCCCAAGUUUCGUGCGUGUGCGGCAGGGAAGUCCUGAAGAGUCCGGGAGAGUGUGAGACUACAGUAGCAGGAAGUGCGCAAAGUUGGUUGUUGUCUUGACGUGGUAAAUGAGACAGCACCCGUCUGAGGAGGAGGAGGACAGUGGCAGACUGAUUCGAUGUUAUUCUAAAGUCAUGGAGCAGCUGGUGGACGCUGGAACGCAGACCGACCCCGUUGUGGUUCUGUCGCUGGCCCAGGCGGCCGUGCUGGGCCUCAUCUCGCAGAACGAGGUGUUCGGGGCCACCAUCGCGCCCAAUGGCUUCUACACCGGCGAGCCCAAGGACGCCCUUCAGCCUGCGCCUGAGGAGGUGGACUACGAGUACGCUGACCAGCUCAUCGGGGCCAACGGGGACUACCUCCACGAGCCCCUGGAGGAGGGAGCGCCCCAGAGCCCCGAGCCGCGGCGGCCCGGCCCGCGGGGCAAGGGGAAGAGAGCCAGGGCGGAGCUGGAGGCAGAGGAGCCCGCCGACGGGACGGCAGAGGCGCAGGUCAGGGGGGAAGCGGGGGCUCUGCCCUUGCCCGCCUGUGCCCACGGGCUGACCUGUCCGGGGGUGAGGCCGGGGGUGCAGCUCGUCGAUCCCAGCAUGUACCGGGUGACGGGCGUCCAGCGCAAGGAGGAGCACCCCAGCAACUGCUGCCCUGACUGCGAGAGGGAGGUGAAGAGCCAGCAGAGGGAGAAGGAGAAGGCGAACGAAGAGGCAGAGACGGCUCAGAGAGGAGACGAGGGAGGGGAGGGGGAAGAGGAGGACGAGGGGCAGGAAGACGAGGAAGGGGAGAAUGGAGAGAACGGGGAGAGCCGGGGCAGGGCUGGUGGGGAGGCAGCCGGACACAGCCCCGAGCUGAGCCGCUACUUUGAGUCCAGCGAGGUGGGCUACGAGUCGGGGGAGACCGGGGGGCAGGACGGGGUGGACUUCGACGAGAACAGCCAGAACCUCAGCUGGCCCGAACAGGCGGACAGCGAGGGCAGCGGCCAGCAGGGGCGGCGCGUGCAGAUCGACCGGCUGGACAUCAACGUGCAGAUCGACGAGUCCUACUGCGUGGACAUGGGCGACGGGCUGAAGCGCUGGAAGUGCCGCAUGUGCGAGAAGUCCUACACCUCCAAGUACAAUCUGGUGACCCACAUCCUGGGCCACAACGGCAUCAAGCCCCACGAGUGCCCGCACUGCGGCAAGCUCUUCAAGCAGCCCAGCCACCUGCAGACGCACCUCCUCACCCAUCAGGGCACGCGGCCGCACAAGUGCGACGUCUGCAAGAAAGCCUUCACCCAGACCAGCCACCUGAAGAGGCACAUGCUGCAGCACACGGACGUCAAGCCCUACAGCUGCCGCUUCUGCGGCCGGGGCUUCGCCUACCCCAGCGAGCUCAAAGCCCACGAGACGAAGCACGAGAACGGGCGCUGCCACGUGUGCGUGGAGUGCGGCCUGGAGUUCCCCGCCCUCGGCCAGCUCAAGAGGCACCUGGCCUCCCACCAGGGCCCCACCACGUACCAGUGCUCCGAGUGCAACAAGUCCUUCCACUACCGCAGCCAGCUGCAGAACCACCUCAUGAAGCACCAGAACAUCCGGCCCUUUGUGUGCUCCGAGUGCGGCAUGGAGUUCGCCCAGAUCCACCACCUCAAGCAGCACUCGCUCACACACAAGGUACUGACACAGCAGACCCAUGCUCACAAGGGAGUGAAAGAAUUCAAGUGCGACGUGUGCUCGCGGGAAUUCACGCUGUCUGCCAACCUGAAGAGACACAUGCUGAUCCACGCCAGCAUUCGUCCGUACCAGUGCCACGUGUGCUUCAAAACCUUCGUCCAGAAACAGACUCUCAAGACGCACAUGAUUGUCCACCUGCCCGUCAAGCCCUUCAAGUGCAAGGUGUGUGGGAAGUCUUUCAACCGAAUGUACAACCUGCUUGGACACAUGCACCUGCACGCGGGGAGCAAGCCCUUCAAGUGCCCUUACUGCUCCAGCAAGUUCAACCUGAAGGGAAACCUGAGCAGACACAUGAAGGUCAAGCACGGCAUCAUGGACGUCUCUCUGGACGGUCAAGAUGCCCUUCCUGAUGUGGAGAGCCAGGAGGACUACGAGGAGGAAAACUUUGACUUCAGUGUCCGAGAAAGCCACGGGAACAGCAACGCCGCUGCGCAGGACGUUGGUAAACUGUCCGACGAGUCCAUGGGCUUUUACAGCUUUGGGAAGGAGGCGGACCGCUAUCCUUUGGCUUGAAUGAGAGACAAAUUGAAACAAUGGAAAGAACGGCAAACAGUGUUUACCACUUUGAAAGCUACAGUGCCCUUUACAGUCAUGGGCUGCUACAGCCCCGUCCCAGAGCUGGAGUUCCUCUGUGCUGAAGGAUGGCUCUGCUGGAAAAGCUCCCUUUCCUGCUUCUCAUACUGGGAGCAGGAAGCCAGUGAUUUGGGAAAGCUGACCUUUGACCUAUUCCACUCAUGUUUGGAAGAAGCUGAAUCAAACGCAGAUCCUGAAGAGUUCUGUGAAUGAAGUCAAGAAAAGGCUGGCUCUUUCGAUAUGUUUAAUCUCAUUUAAUCGCAGUGAUGAAAUUGACAAGUUCCAGUUAGAUGUGAAAAGCAAACGCGAUAGUGAAUCGGGAAGGCAAACCGAAUUUACCUGAUCCAAUCCUGGAAUGUUGUAGAAAACACCUGUUGAAGAUAACGAGUGGUACAGGUCGUGGUGUACUCCUGUAUAGAAGCUCACAUUAAACUGAUGAUGUACUGCUUUCAUAGAUCAUUAGCAUUGCAUUAGAUAGGACUCCAUUGCACUACGAGAAUGCUAAUGGUUCCUGACACAAGAUGUUCUAGUAGGCAGUGCAGCCCCGGUGUAUCAGCAUACCAAAGCUGUUGAAGUUUCUGCAGUUUGGACUGAUGUUUGAAUGUCUGAAAUCUAAUUGGAAAAUGUGAUGGCUGGUGAUUAUAUCAGUCAUGUCUCAAGCAAGGGGUGGCCAACAAUACUGAAAGUAUUUAACCUGUCAAUGUUUUUUCUAUAUAUAUAUAUUUGUAUGGUGCCUAGUUUAUAUAAAAUGUAUUUUUUUUAAACAAGUAACAAGUUCAGUUGGGAAAAAAUGCUGCUUCAAAUGGCCAAAUUUACUGACAAGUAGGAAACAUUGAUACUUUUUUCCUGCAUUUGAAUGUGAUUGAUAGCUAGCAAAGAUGUUUUGCUGUACUAAAGUGGCGAUUUGUUUAUUUAGCAGUGCAGUUUAAAAGCUGUUCUUUCUGUGUGCAAUUCCUGAUGCACCAAGCAUGUGGACAGAACUUUAAGGGGCCAGUAAUUAAAACAGGACUCCCCAAAGCUAUUUCUCAGAGGUGAAAGGAGUGAAGUACCAGUAACUAAGUGGCACUAGUUCAUCACUGUAUUUUUUUAUUUGCAUUUACAUGCAUUACACAAUCUUCAUAGAGUGAGGCCGAGAAACCAGUUCGAAGAUGUAUACAGGAGUCUAUGAAAAAAUUGUGGAUCUUUCUAAAAAAAUUUAGAAAAUCGUAGUUGACUAGUUCAAAAGGCCCUAAAUAGUGUGACCCCUGAGAGGGCUCUUAAUGCUUCAUAAUGGAAAAAUCGUUCUCUGUGGGUAGUACAAACAGUAUAUCUCACAAGUUCAUAUUAAAAUGGAAGAUUAACACUUUGAACUCACUGUAGUUACUGUGUGGUUUUAAGUAGAUGUUGCCUCGAGGGAGCAAUUCCCAAGGUAUCUGGGCAGCGAUUCAGCACAGACAUUAAGAUGUUCUGACAGACCCCACUCUCAGACAAGGUGGUUGCAGGCAUCUGAACACAAUGAAUCUCAAGAGGACUGGAGAGAAAAGUGCAGGAGCCUUUAUAGCCGUUUUUUGUAACGCGGAAAGCACCAGGCUACUAUGAAACGCAACCCUGCCUAACGCAGUGAAACCCUUUAUAUGCUCCAAACAUGACUAAUAUCCUUGUGAGAGUGUGGAAUCUAACUCCCUCACCAAUAAUUUAAUUACCUAAUAAACACCUAAUGAGCCAAUUUACAUCAGAGGCCUUUGGUGGCCUUCAGUUGUAGGGCCAUAGCCAGUAGAGUCCCUCCAAAGACUGGCCUGCCUGGGUUGUUUAAAAAGUGAGUUCUGGAUAGCAGUGAUUUAACACUGUACUGUAUGUCUGUUAGUUGUUCAUUUUGUGUUUCCUAGUAUACCUCUGUACCCACCCUCAGGGCCUAACUGACUGUAUUGCUCUUUCCUGGGGCCUCCAUGGACCAAAGAAUCCAACUACUACUGAAAAAACCAAAAACCUGUACAAGCUGAAGUUUGAGCACUACUGAUGAGAGACAUGCUUUCUGAGCCAUGUCUUCCCAGGGAGGUUCCAGUCUGUAUUAUUACUCAGCCAACACAUUAACAUGUCACUAACUAGCUGUAUUGAAAGGGUAGCAGUUAUCACAGGGCACUGGCCCUCAAUGUCUCACACUUUUUAUUUGUUAGCAAAGUCUGAAAUUAGUUUAACAAAUACCAGUUUAAUAUCUUCAAACAAUACAUAACCACUGUAGAAUUAAUAAAGGACCCCCUGGCACCACCUGCUGUAUGUUAGUGGGAUGAUGGGAGCAGAGCAGUGUCUUGUAGUUGAUGUUCUUGAGCUCUGACUGCUGUGCAGUCUGGUCAACUGCAGUCAAGGACUUGGAGAUGCUUCCAACCUCAAUAGAUGCAAGUAUAUGGCAUCUCAUGCUUUACAGGCAAAACCAUUUGAAAAGAUGCUUUUUCUUCAACACAACUUUGCUGUCUGGUUCCAUUUUGAAUACUUCCAGAUUCCAUGUAAUCAUUGUAGCUGCAUUUUAUUUUUUUUGGAGGGUUUGAGUUUGAAAUGCCCAGGAAAUGGACUGACACCAAAGUGUAACAGAUUGCCUUCACGUCUGCCCCUCACUCCUGGUGCCAGCAGCAUGGCAGCUACAUUCUGAGGAGAUAGCAGGGCCACAGCUCCCAGUGAACACAGAGACGGGAAGACGAUGCACCAAUUAUUUUACUGCAAAACAGUCUGAUCCGCUAAUGAAUAAGAUGAUGCACCCGUUUAAAUCUUUCAUUUACAGAUCUGAUCUUUUGGCUUUGGGAUUUUUAUUCUAUUUUUAAAAUGAAAAAGUAUAUUAGGUGCUUUGUGAACUCAACCCCUCUCUCUCUUUCCUAGCUGUCACAUGCUUUAGUGUGAUGGAUUAAAACAUUGAAAUGGAACUGACCUGUGUUCAGGUGUAUUGCAUUGGUGUGACUAUACUGUGGAUAGAAUAUACUACUUGUAAAAUGUUGUGUAUCUGACAAUAUUGUAAAUAAUAAAUUUAUUUACCUUUAAA